GCUGUAAUGCUGGUUGUGCGAGAGGAGAGAGAAGGAACGUGUGGAUUGUGGAAUGACUAAAAGCUCCCUUCUAUCUUACAGCAAACCAAACGCAGGGAAAAGGAGGCAAUUCCAUUUUUAUUUUUCCAGUGAACUGAGUUAAAAAAAAUAGUGAGUGAGAUCUUGCUUUCCCUCGUUUUAAUGGGACAGAGAAACGUGAAUAGAAAAAAAGUGUUCACUAUCUGUGCGGCAAGGCUGCACUAGGCUGUCAGCCUAACGUGGAUUUAAGCGAAACAAGACAUGUUUUUGACAAUAAAUAAAUAUACUGGCAUAUUUUGGUUUUAAGGACAAAACGGCAAAUUAAGAACAAGUUGGAUUAUGUUUUGCUUUAAGUGUUUUUAUUAUUAUUAGUAUUAUUAUUAUUAUUACCAUUUCUAAAUAGAACAAAUACAUUAGCCAGCUUAAUUUCAUGGUGCUAUAUCGGACUAGAAAACAACACUGGAACAACUAACCAAGGAGAUAGCAACGCUCGACUGUUGACUAGUACAAACUUAACUGUGAGAAUGCUGGCUGCACGUAUCCUGUGUUCUGGUUUGAUCCUGAUUUGUGGAAACGCUGCAGGACAAGGCGACUCUUCCCCGGCUCCUUGCCCGGCUCCGUGCCGGUGCGACGGGGACGGAGGUGCAGAUUGCUCUGGUAAAGGACUAACCACCGUUCCAGUGGGGCUAAGCGCCUUCACCUACUAUCUGGAUAUCAGUAUGAAUAACAUCACAGAGCUGCCUGCCGAAGUCUUCAAAAACCUCCCAUACUUGGAAGAACUGCGCUUGGCUGGCAACGAUCUUGCCUUCAUCCACCCCGAGGCCUUGUCUGGGCUGCACCAGCUCAAAGUCCUGAUGCUGCAGAACAAUCAGCUGAAGACUGUCCCCAGCAAGGUGCUGAAAGGAUUAACCUCCCUGCAGUCCCUGAGACUGGAUGCUAAUCACAUCACGGUGGUCCCGGAGGACAGCUUUGAGGGUCUCGGGCAGCUGCGUCACCUGUGGCUGGAUGAUAACAGCCUGACUGAGGUUCCAGUCAGUCCGCUCAGUAACCUCCCCUCCCUGCAGGCCCUGACGCUGGCACUCAACAGAAUCUCAAACAUCCCGGACCGGGCCUUCGCAAACCUCUCCAGUCUGGUGGUGCUACACCUUCAUAACAAUAAAAUUCAACAGAUAGGAGACCAUUGCUUUGCUGGAUUAGACAACCUGGAAACACUGGACCUAAACUACAACAACCUGAUUGAGUUUCCUGGAGCAAUCAAAUCCCUGCCAAACCUCAAAGAGCUGGGAUUUCACAGUAACAACAUAGCCGUGAUCCCUGAAGGUGCUUUCAACAGAACCCCACUGCUAAGAGCAAUACACAUGUACGAUAACCCACUUUCUUUUGUGGGCACCUCAGCCUUCCAGAACUUGUCAGAAUUGCACUCCCUGAUUGUCCGAGGAGCUGGCAUGGUGCAGUGGUUUCCCAACCUGACUGGCACAGUGAACCUGGAGAGCUUAACUUUGACUGGAACCAAGAUAAGCAGCAUUCCCAUUACCUUGUGUCAGGAUCACAAGAGACUCCGCACCUUGGACCUGUCGUACAACGAGAUAAGUGAUCUCCCGAGUUUUCAGAGCUGUGCCAACCUGGAAGAAAUAGCCUUACAGCACAAUCAAAUCAAAGACAUCAAGGCAGACACAUUUCAAGGAUUGGUUUCCCUCCGCUUGCUAGACCUCAGCCGAAAUGAGAUCGACUCGAUUCAAAGAGAUGCUUUCCUAUCACUCUCUGCGUUAACUAACCUGGACCUGAGUUUCAAUGAGCUGAAUUCCUUACCAACUGUGGGCCUGACUGGACUGAAUCAGCUGAAACUAGCAGGCAAUCUGGCACUGAAAGGGUUACUGGCAGCCAAGGACCUCAAGAAGCUCAGGACUUUGUCAGUGCCCUAUGCCUACCAGUGCUGUACCUUUGGUGGAUGCAACUCCUACUUGACUACCAAUGUGGAAGAUCCCAGUAAACAGGACGGCAGCCUUAAAAAAACAGGUGAUAUAAUCAGUGAAGAUGAAGGGGAAAUAAUUCAGCUCUCUGUGCACUGUACACCUUCUCCAGGCGCUUUUAAGCCAUGUAAGCACUUGCUGGGCAGCUGGAUGAUUCGCCUCACGGUUUGGUUCAUCUGCCUGGUGGCACUGGUGUUUAACAUCCUGGUACUCGUCACGACCUUCGCCCCCUGCGGCACUGUGUCCUCCGCCAAGCUUUUCGUGGGCCUCAUUGCUGCCUCUAACCUGCUGAUGGGCGCGUACACGGGCAUGCUGAGCGGGCUGGACGUGGUGUCCUGGGGCCGCUUCGCAGACUACGGUGUCUGGUGGGAGACGGGCAUUGGCUGCCGGGCCACAGGCUUCCUGGCCAUCUUCUCCUCGGAAGCCUCCAUCCUCUUCCUCACCCUGGCAGCUACUGAGCGCAGCGUCUCCAUGAAGGACAUCCUGAAGAAGGGCAAGAGCUGCCGGCACAGGCAGUUCCAGGUGAUGGCUGGACUGGUCGGCCUCUUUGCCAUGGUUGCGGCUUGCCUGCCCCUCUUCCACGUAGGCGAGUUUUCCUCCUCCCCUCUCUGCCUGCCCUUCCCCACAGGUGAGACUCCCUCCCUGGGGUUCACGGUCACCCUGGUCCUCCUGAACUCUGUGGCCUACCUCCUGAUGGCCGUCAUCUACACCAAACUCUACUGCGGCCUCGAAAAGACAGAUGUGUCAGAGACGCCACAGUCCGGCAUGAUCAAGCACGUGGCCUGGCUCAUCUUCACCAACUGCAUCUUCUUCUGCCCUGUGGCAUUCUUCUCCUUCGCCCCUCUGAUCACGGCCAUCGCCAUCAGCCCGGAGAUCAUGAAGUCGGUGACACUCAUCUUCUUCCCCCUGCCGGCUUGCCUGAACCCCGUGCUCUAUGUUUUCUUCAAUCCCCAGUUCAAGGAGGACUGGCGGCAGCUCAAGCACUGUGGCAGGUGGAGGACCGGCAAGUCGGUGGGUGCUGCUGCCGGUGGGCAGAACGGGUGCUCGGCGGGGCAGGAUUUCUACUACGACUGUGACAUCUACGCUCAGCUGCAGAGCGGCAGCCUGUCCGUGUGUGACUGCUGCGAGUCGUACAUGCUCGCUAAGCCCAUGCCCUGUAAACACUUGGUAAAGUCUCACAGCUGCCCGGCACUGGCAGUGGUGCCCUGCCAGCGGGCGGACGGUUACUGGUCGGACUGUGGCACGCAGUCGGCCCAGUCAGAGUACGCGGACGAGGGAGACUCCUUUGUCUCGGACAGCUCGGAUCAAGUGCAGGCCUGCGGACGGGCCUGCUUUUACCAGGGCCGCGCCAUCCCUCUGGUCCACUACUCGUACAAUAUUCCAAGAAUCAAAGACUAGAGCAAAACCAAUACUGUUCAGAUACUUAAUAAACAAUAAACACUAUGAAACGCAUGUAGUGUCUCUAUAUGCCAACGUUCAGGAAACACUUUUGUAAUCAGUAUGUGACUUGCCUAUUAAGAAGGGAAUUUGGCAAUACAUUUUUUUUCUUUCUCUUGAGCCAUGAAUCCUUGUUUUAACAAAACGAGUUUCCCGUUUUUUUUUUUUGUUUAAGUAAGGUUUUGGAUAUCUUUAACCCAGUCGUUGUGACUUUUGGAACUGUCUUUGGAUUCACUUUGUUGGCUUGUCUUCCUCUUCGGAAUGAUAUGGUUGCCUUAGCAAAAGCUUUUUAUUUACAAUACGAGGGACAUUCUGCUUUUAUUUUCAAUCCAAGACGAAACAAAUUUCAGUUGAGGAAAUGGGUAGCUACCUCCUAACUUUAUGUAGGAUUUUUAAAAUGAAAUAGAUAUUAGAUAAUGUGUUUCUACAUGUAAUUCUAUGCUGAUGGGUUAUAUCUAGGCUUACUACUUUUUGAUAUUAAUAGGUAAACGUCAAAUUCACAAAAAAUUUGAGUUUGAAAUUUAUAUAGGAUAAACCUUGGUAAAACCACUCAAUUAUUUUUUAUCAUUAUUACCAAAAAUAAUAAUUUUGAAAUCCCAUCUGUAGUUUGUGUUAUUUUUAUACUUGCUGUCUGUUCCAUCUCCGUUCUACUCUGGCAAAGGGGUCGCUGUCAGUCAUCUCAGUGGUCCAUUAGUGCUGUAGUUUCACUAUCACUGCCAUUUCACCCUGUUCUGACAGAUCUCGUUGACUGAAGCAGCGCUAGAAUGUUGUCAUUCGUUUAAAUGACUGUCAAUC